AUGGCGACCAUGACGGCUGAGGAGCGCUUCGCUCUGAUCAAGGAGAACUUGGAGGAGAUUCUGAACCCUGAAAUCAUCGAGGGUAUCCUUGCUGAAGGACGGAAUCCUAGAGUCUAUUGGGGAACCGCAACGACCGGAAGGCCACACUGUGGCUACUUCGUACCAGCCAUCAAGAUCGCCCAGCUCCUCCACGCCGGAUGCGAAGUCACCAUCCUCCUCGCCGAUAUCCACGGCUUCCUCGACAACCUCAAGGCGCCCCUCGAACUGGUCGAGCAGCGCGCGCUGUUCUACAAGCGAGGCGUCACGGCCAUCCUCGAGGCCGUGGGUGUAUCGACGGACAAGCUGAAGUUCGUCUUCGGCAGCUCGUACCAGAAAAAUGCUGACUACGUGAUGGAUGUCUACCGCAUGUGUUCGCUCAUCUCGGAGAACGACGCCAAGAGGGCGGGGGCGGAGAUUGUUAAGCAGUCGGAUAAUGCGCCGCUGAGCGGUCUUCUCUACCCUAUUCUUCAGGUGCUUGAUGAGCAGUACCUUGAUGUGGAUGCGCAGUUUGGAGGUCUCGACCAGAGGAAACUUUUCAUUGCGGCCAAGGAUUGGCUGCCGAAACUCGGCUACAAGGAGAGGGCACAUCUCAUGAACCCCAUGGUUCCUGGUCUACAAGGUGGAAAGAUGAGCGCGAGUGAUCCCGACAGCAAGAUUGACCUCCUCGACCCUCCCGAGUUGGUAGCAAAGAAGAUCAAGAAGGCGGAGGCGGCCCCCGGAGUCACCGAAGGCAAUGGUAUCCUUGCCUUUGCAGAAUUCGUGCUACUCCCCGCAGCCGGCCUCAAGGGCAAGCGCGAACUAGUCGUCACCCGCGAGAGGGAUGGACUGGAGCCUUUGGUUUACACCAAGAUAUCCCAGAUGCACGAGGAUUACAAGAACGAUAUCUUGACUCCUCAACUACUCAAGCCCGCCAUCACCAAGGCCCUACAAGACCUUUUGGCCCCUAUCCAGGCGGCUUACCAAGCGUCGCCCGAGUGGCAAGAGAUUACUCUGAAGGCUUACCCGCCCGAGGAGAAGAAGAAGAAGGAGAAGAAGGUCAAGAAUAAGGGUACGCGCUACCCCGGAGGUGGGGCCGGUCCCGCCGGUGGUGAGAGCUUACCGGUACGCCCGGCUGAGGGAGCUGCUGGCACUCCAGACGGCCAGCCCGCUGCGUAG